AUGCCAUCCAGGGAGUCUUACGAGGUCCGGAAGGGAGAGAAGUCCCUGGUGCAGAAGGCCAAGCAAGAGGCCAACCAGCAGGACAUACUGGCAGCUGCUCUGGGGAUGAGGAUCUCAGGACCCCAGAAACCUCCAGCCACAAUCUGGCAGCCUCUCAAACUGUUUGCCUAUUCACAGCUCACCUCGCUGGUCCGCAAAGCCACGCUGAAGGACAACAGCCUGCCACACAAGUACGAAAAAGUCCACAACUUCAAGGUCCACACGUUCCGGGGACCUCACUGGUGUGAAUACUGUGCCAACUUCAUGUGGGGGCUGAAGGCUCAGGGAGUCAAGUGUGCAGAUUGUGGUUUGAACGUCCACAAGCAGUGCUCCACUAUGGUACCCUGCAACUGCGUGCCAGACCUGAAACAUGUCAAGAAAGUAUACAGCUGUGAGCUCACAACUCUGGUGAAAGCUCACAACACCAAGCGACCCAUGGUAGUGGACAUGUGCAUACAGGAAAUUGAAUCAAGAGGUCUGAAGUCUGAAGGGCUCUACAGAAUGUCUGGAUUCAGCGAUUCAGUCGAAGAUGUCAAGUCGGCAUUUGACAGAGAUGGUGAGAAGACAGACAUCUCUGCAAACGCUUAUGAAGAUAUCAACAUCAUCACGGGAGCACUUAAACUGUACCUCAGGGAUUUACCCAUUCCUGUCAUCUCAUACGACGCCUACCCCAGGUUCAUUGAGGUUGCAAAGCUGGAAGACCCAGAGAAGCAGCAAGAGGCCUUCCGUGAGGCUCUGGAACUGCUGCCUGCAGCACACAGUGAAACCCUGAGGUACCUCAUGGUCCAUUUAAAGAGGGUAACGUUGAAUGAGAAGGACAACCUGAUGAAUGCCGAGAACCUGGGCAUUGUUUUCGGGCCCACCCUCCUGCGUGCCCCAAACCUGGAUGCCAUGACGGCACUCAACGACAUCCGUUACCAACGGCGGGUGGUGGAGUUCCUCAUAAAAAAUGAAGACAUCCUCUUCUGA